GAUCAGCCGCUGUGAGUCAAGACGGUCAAGUGUUCAACUAGUUAACCUGUUGCUUUAGCCUUUGACUGGACGCUCAAUUGUUUCAUCAUCAUUCGUUCUUUGAAAGUGAUACCUCUUAAGCCUAUGAGAACGUUUUACCAUGGAUGGUCAACAACCCUAUUACAAUCAAAAUAAUUGGCACUCUAAUGACCAGGACAAUGAUGAUAUCUUUCUGACUCAUUCUCAAACACAAACAAUCAUACAAAAUUUGGUGGAAAGUCCGCCACCUUUUAUUGAUGAUCCAGCUGUCGCAGUAGAUAAUGGAAGUUUCAUGGAUCAUGGCACAGAUACCUAUAAUGAAUUCCCACACCAUCAGUUGACAGACCAGGCUUAUCACCCCAACAGUGACUGUGUCAUGCUUGAGGAACAAAGUCACAUACCAGUAAACACUAAUUCAUCCUUUAUGAGUGUUAGUGAAAUCCCAGCCAUGGAAUUGUGGCCUGGGCAUUUGAACUUUGCAGUUGAGUUUAGUAAAGCUCAAGAUAAAACGAAAGCAACACCUUGGAUUUUUUCCACAAAACUGAAAAAAUUGUUUGUUAGUAUGGACAAAGCCUGCCCAAUAUCAUUUAAGAUGGAUAAUCUUCCUCAAGAAUUUCACAGAUAUUUUAUUCGAGGACAAAUGGUCUACUCUAAGGCUGAUCACUUCCAUGAUCACGUCGAACGCUGCCCCACACAUAGGGUGAUGGGCUUGCAAUCGCCUCAUGCACCUCAUGUAUUACGUUGUGAAGAUACCAACUCAACGUAUUUUGAACAUAGCGAUAAGAGACAUUCGGUUGUUGUUCCUCUUAAACCGCCUGCUCCUGGAACCCAGUCGGUGUCCUUAUGCUACAAAUUUAUGUGUCUUUCUAGCUGCCAGGGUGGCUUGAAUAGACGACCCACGAAGCUUAUAUUCACAUUAGAAACGUUGGACAGCCAGGUGGUUGGCCGGUAUGCAUGUGAUGUUCGCAUAUGUAGUUGUCCCGGACGUGACAUUAGGGCUGAGGAAGGAAAGGCAGAAAAGAAUCAUACAACCGAACAAACCGCCAAAGAAUCGGAGGCCCCCGAACUGAUUCCCAUCGAAUUGCCUCCCAUUGCCCUCCAGAAAGGAAAAAUGAAGAAAAGAAAAGCUACUCCAGCAGCCCCUCCUAUUCCUCCACCCACAGAACCAUCCGGGGACCAAGAAGAUGAUGAUGGAAUUUACAAUUUUAACAUUGAUAUUCCCGGAAGAAGAAAUUACUUGUUCAUCAGGGAUUUUGUCACUCGUUUUCUGAAUGACUACGCUUCACGUCCUGCAGAUAGCAACAAACACAGCGAUCACAACGAUACCUUUAAGCGUUUUAAGAAAGAGCAGCCUUAAUCGUGAUAACAAUAAUUGAAGAGUGCAGUUUUUUUUGGACACAGUUUUAUUCUUCUUAACGUUUAUCUCUUUUUUCUCAGUUCUAGCAAUAUCAUGAUUAAUUUUUCCUAUCAGCUGUGCAUGGUGAUGACGGAUUUUCUUUUUUCUUUAAAUACAAAUUCCGCUACCAGACUGUACGGCAACUUAAGUGAAAGCCUAAGUAAAAGAGCUUAUGUGUCAAAUAGACUGCAAGUGAAUGAGAGAUAUUAUUGCUAUUACAUCCCCUGAAUUCUG